UAACUGCAACAUGGAGAUGAGCGAGCACGGAGGAAAUGGAGACGACGGGCUAAGCAAUCUAGUUAAGAUUCCGGAUCGACUGCUGAGACGAGAUAAAGAAAGGUUGCAGGAUGCAGAGAAGAGAAAAGAUGCGAAAGAAAAGCCGUCUGUAACCGAGGAAAACAGUGAGUUCUUCUCUGACGCAUUCAACACCGAGCGGGCAGCUAUCGAGGAACUGCUAUCCAGUUGUUCUGGAUCUGAUCGGGCAGCAGCCGUUAAGACUCUAGAGGAGGUGACAACGAAAAUACAACAGCUGCAAAAGUUUCUGAACGACAGCAUCGUGUUUCUAACUCAGUACGAGUUAAAGCAGUUCCAGGCGUCAUUGCAAAAGCUUAAAGACGCCGGUGCUGAGAGGAGAGAAGAGGCGUUGCCCAAGAAGAAAUUCGUUUUCCAGUCUCGUAGUAAAGCUAAAGAGAAAGUCACCGGACCUCUGGCAGGUAGACCAUCAUCUAGUGGCACAGACGCUGAUUCUGGCACACCUGCAGAUUUUGGCAACACCGAAGUGGAUGGAUCUGUCAACCCGGAGCAAUGCGGCUUUUCCAACAUGAACUCUGUGACACUGACGAAAACGGCCACAGAGAUCCAGAAACAGGAUGUUCUGCUAUCUCAUCUGACUAACUGCAAAGUGCGUUUGUUCGGCUCUCCCAGCACACUACACAUCAAGCAUGUCAGUGACUGUGAGAUCCUGUGCGGGCCCGUGUCCAGUUCUGUGUUUGUUGACCAUUGCAGUAACAGCACUCUUGCCCUUGCCUGCCAGCAGCUGCGGACUCACAACACCACAAACACGCAGGUGUAUCUGCAUGUCACCAGCCGAGCCAUCAUUGAGGACUGCAAUGGAGUUGGCUUUGCCCCAUUCUCCUGGUCCUACCCCACACUGGAUGAGAGCUUCAAUGUGUCUGGCCUCGACCAGAACCGCAACAACUGGACCCAAGUGGACGAUUUCAACUGGCUUGCUGCAGGAACACCCUCUCCUAACUGGAGCAUUAUUCCAGAGGUUGAUAGAAAAACCAGUUGGGACCCAUAGGAUUUAAAUUUCCCAAUGAGUCCCCAAUGUUCCGAAGUGGUGUAUCGAUGAUGCCAACCUUUAAGACAUUUUCUGUCCCUGUGUACCCGCAAACAGUUUUCCCCUUCAUGUCAAGAUGUUUUUAAAUCUAAAACCACUGGUUCAAUGGGGUUUUUCAUUUCAUCCAAAAGAUAUAAUGUUUAGUGGUUUAAGAUGUGCGCUAUACUCAAUAAAUUCUCUCUGAUACUUUGAAUUGUGGUGUUCAGCUUAUACUGAUACUGUAAACAAAUGCUCUAUAACAUUGUCCCCAGGAAAAUAUAGGACUGCAUUUUGGAAUUACAUAGAAAUGAAAUAAUCAGAUUUCUAUUUAGGCAACUUUUUAAGGCUACUUAGGGAGGUAUCAGACUUUGUGUUUCUGUGUAAGCUUUACUGCACAUAUUUCAUGCUAUAUUGUAUGAACUAUGGCUAUCAUUUGAAAACACUAGAUUUUGUUUAAUAAUAAUGCUUUUCUGCAAGUGAACAAGGGUAGUGCACCAUUAUCUAAUUAAUAAAAGAAGUAGGAAUGUUCAAAAGUACCUGUACCUGCAUACCAUUUAUAAUCCUAAACGUUGUCAGACUACCAUCGGCUUAAUGAGAUACUUGAGUUGGUUUCUGUAAAAAUUGGUUUGAUUGAAGGACAGAGCGCAGUCUAGGCUAAAAAUGAGUGCCUUUAUGUUGCCAGCAGAUAGACCCUUAUGCUGCCCAUAUUUUAUUCAUUAUUUAAUGCACUAAUAUUUUAUAUUUUGCGUGUGUUUUAAAAAGGAACAUUUAAAAAUGCCUGUUAUGAAAGUUGAAUCAGUUCAUCUGGGCACAACGUUUGAGAGAAACGUUUCAUCACUCAUCGAAAUGACCUCUUCAGUCUCAGUUGCAACAACAGAUUAACCCCCCCCCCCCUCCACCCACCGGUUCAGGGAUGGUCGUUCCCUCUUCACAUAAAUGACCUCUUUGACUCCUUCUACAUCUGUCACCAUCUUACAGUUCUCCAUUCAUACUUAUUCUCCAGUCCUCUGUGAAUAGUACACAUUACCACUUAAACUCUAGUUAAUGGUCACAGCAAUUUGCAUAUGAACCCAAUCGUUGUUUUCAGUCAUUAUGCCACUAUCGCUUAUAAGAGGGGAUUUCUUCAGUCUCACCUGCAGUCAGGUGCGACUGAAAAGGUCACUUAGAUGAGUGAUGAAACGUUUCUCUCAAUAAACGUUAAGAUGAACUGAUUCAACUUUCUGUGAAUUGCACAGCAACUUUCUAUGAUUUCCUUACCUGGAUUAUUGAGCAUGCAUGAAGAUCCAUGUUGUUGAAAAAUGUGAAUAAAGACUGACGGCUCAAAGAC